AUGAAGUAUGCACAUUUUCUUUUAAGGAGGGGGGUAAGUUGUAGGUCCCCCCUGAAUGCGUGCGCGAUGCAGAGAGCGGCAUUUAGGAGGUACUACUUCGCCAGCGUUUCCCCAAAUGAGAUAAGCGGGAAGGUGGUUCAGGGGCGCCUUUUCACUAGCAAGGCGGGCAUGUCUGACGGUGGCGCCAGCAAAGGCAUGGAAGCACAAAAUGGAAGCAGCGGAAGUGACCAAAUUGAGGGAAAUAGGAAGAAUGACGAAAAUGGUGAAAAAGGCCAAGACGGGCAACACGGCCAGUUCGACCAGCAAGGCAAACGCGCGGAGGGUGCUGAGGAGAACAAAGAACAAAUGAAGGAAAUGAACUACGAAAAACUGAACAAAGCAGAUUUAAUUAACGAAAUUAGGAAAACAAAAAGAGACAUAGAAGAAAAAAUAGUGGACAAUAAAAUAUUAAAAGAAAAGUAUCUGUCCGUAUUGGCAGAAAAUGAAAAUUUAAGACACAGAUAUGUAAAGGAAAUCGAAAAUAGCAAGCUAUACUGCAUCAGUAAUUUUGCAAAAUCCCUCCUGGACGUUGCAGAUAAUUUAUCCCUAGCUAUUAAAAACAUCAACGAAGAAUCGCUCAAACAGAAUGAAGAAAUAAACAACAUAUACAAAGGCAUACAAAUGACGGAGACUAUACUACAUAAUAUUUUUAAUAAAUAUGGUAUUGAUAAAUAUGACCCGAUUAAUGAGAAAUUCAACCCCCUCUUCCACGAGGCUCUCUUCGAAAUUAAUGACAGCACUAAGGAGAAGGGGACUGUCGCGACUGUUGUGCAGCAGGGCUACAAGAUAAAGGACCGCAUUUUGAGAGCUGCCAAGGUCGGAGUUGUUAAGAAUUGA